AUGCCAUUGGCUGAUGGCCCAGAGCAAGCCGAACGCUAUCAUCACGAGCUUACCAGUGCCAUGUAUUGGCUGAAGCCUCUUGCAGACUACCUGUCUGACAAAUUCAGUAUGGCCGUCUCUAUUCUGCUUGCAGGACCCAUUGCAGACCUCAACGGCGCUAUCGAGGUGCGCAGCGCCCACGCGGGCCAGACCCCAGGUCUCGUGAACCUCUGCUGGCCAGAGUUUGAUCCCAUUGGCUACGCCGACGUGAAGGCCUCGAUGGUUCACUUUGCCGAGUGCCUGUAUCCUCAACCUGAAUGCGACAAGCGGGUGUUGUGCAUGGCGAGCAGCAGCACUGCGCCAGGCACUGCUGAUGUUGCCAUGGCAGAUGGCAGUCCCGCCCCUCAAGUCAAAACCUCUGCUCAGGCCAAGGCGGAGCCCGGUCCUUCUGGUCAAGCCUCUUCGUCCUCUCACGUUGGUUCAUCCUCACCUGUACGCAUAUCGUCCACUGCGUCUGUGGUCGUUAACCCAUUCGGGGCUGUCAUUGCAACUUCUUCGGCUUCGGUAUCCCUUCCAGUUCCUUCUGCUCAGGCGGAAUCGGUUGACGUGUCCAGCAAUGCCACUGCCUCAUUCCCGACGCCCUCGCAACCAACAUUGACGUCAAUCCCCACGCUGGUACGGGAGGAUGGACGCGUGCAUGAGACAGCGUGUGCCAGAGGUCUGUUCAUUUUGCCGACUGUCAUCAACAGGGUCAUGGUGCCGCUGACUGAUUUCCAGUCACUCACCGUUGGGAGGUCGGGCGAUGUAUUUUCAUCCUCUGCAACUUCAUCUCCUUCUGCUGCUGUCGUGCCACCCCAACCCGUGGCUAGCGACGCACUCCCCUCUUUGUCCGCUCCGACUUCCAUUACUACAGCGGAGACCUCUAUAUCCUCCCAACCUGUUACUGGAGGCACACACCCUUUUGUGAUUGAUCUGAUCUCUGCUAGUGCGACAGAGACCUCUGUGCAGCUAUCUCUACCCGGUGCCACACCUCUCUGGAGCCAGUCCGCCUUACAUAGUUCGAACUCCAGGUCUGAUAUCAAUUCGUCUCCAUCUCCCGUCACUCCUGCCAUUCCCAGCUCUACCUCAACUGCGAGGGACAGUGACCUUGUAGCAACGAUCCCGGUCCUCGACCUUACAUGCUUCUCGGACCAUGAGAAGAAGCUUUACGAGAACCUCAUUCGUGAACGAGGUUGGGGCAGCGAGUGGUCGCGGAUGCUGACAAGCCUAGUGCUCCUCGAGAAGGAGGCGCCGGCUACAGUGAAGAGGUUGGGAGGAAAUAAGGCACGUCUGGCCGAGGUGGCUAGCUGGAUGAAGAUAGCGCGGCUGGCGAGGGACAUGGAGAUUGAUGACUCCGUUGCAUUUGCAAAGGGGUGGUGGGGUUGGUGGACAUCUCUUCAGCCCUCUACUCGGGCAGUUGGCGAUGAUGGGAAGCUGCAGCAGGAUCGGAGUGCUGUCGUUUGGGAUUCACUCUGCAUCACGGGCCCCAACGGCCUUCUCCUAGUGGUUGUCUGCCUGGCAUGGUGGGGCAUGGUGGUUGUUGGAAAGGCUUCUGCAGAUUAG